AUGGCUAUUAGCAGGAAGGACGUUCAAGUUUGCAUGCUAAAAGUUCUUUACUUUUCGAUCAGAUUUGUUUGGAACUGUGUAAAAACUCACCCAUAUGUUUCAUCUACUUUGAUAUUCCUUGGACUUCUUUAUGCAUGUAAUCCCUCGCUCUUUUGGCUGGUGAUAUACUUGUCUGCAUUUGUCUGCAUAGUUUUUUCAACCGCUAAAUUAUAUUAUAGAUUUGGCAAUGGCAAGAAUCCCAAAAGGGACGAGAAGAAUGUUAGCGAUGGCGCAAAACCUGUUAGGACGAGUAGACUUGUCAAAAAUGAUGUGCAUGCCCGAUCUGUUAGACGAAGAAGAUCAAGAGAGACAAGCAGGGAUGAUUACUCGCAAACGAGCGAGGAGGAGAAAAGCACCGUUUUCUCAUCAACCUUUAACCAUGGUACGGUUGAUAAAAGUGCUAUAGUAGAACAACAACCGAAAGAAAUUCGAGAGGUGGAAGUGGAUUCUCUAGCUGUCCACGCUGAAUGUUCUUCCUCCAAUUAUCUGCGAGAUUUAAGACCUGAAUUUCGCAUUCAAUCCCAUGAAGGGCCUCAGAGGCUUGAUCGCGAGAGAGGCGAGAUAGAGACAGAGAGUUCAGAAGGCACAGAAGGGGAAGAUGAUGAGCGUGAUAAAGAGGAAAAUAACAAGGCUGUGCAGUGGAAUGAGGAUGAUCAGAAGAAUCUGAUGGAUGUCGGAAUUUCUGAGAUUGAGAGAAACAGGAGGUUGGAGAGCUUAAUUGCAAGGCGAAGAGCACGCAAAUUGUUGAGCCUUCAGGUAAGAAAGACACUGAUGAACAUCGACAACAGUGCGCCUUUUGGUCAUAUUACCCCUUUAAUGGUACCAAGACAUAAUCCUUCUAUCCUCAACCCUCCAUCAGGCCGGUUUUCUCCCAUGCCCGGCUCAGCUCCUUCUAUCUUGGUACCAAUGCACAACCCUUUUGACAUUCCUUAUGAUCCACAGGAAGAGAAACCAAUUCUUACAGGUGGUAGUUUUGAUCAAGAGUUCCUGCCACUGCACCAGAAGGAUCUGUUCAGCAGACAUGAGAGCUCUAGCAUAGAGUCUUCCUUCCCAGGAGAAUCAAAGCAAGACCGAAAAGACGCAUCUCAAUUUUAUGACUCUGCAUUCAAGGAGAGGGAGAGGGGUUCUGAACAACAUGAGAACUCCGAGUUAGAAAGCCAAUUAGAUCAAAAAGACACUGAGAAGAUAAUUGAAGUUGAGACAUCUCAACCACCAAAGUCUAACUCAAACAUGGUUAGAGAUCAUAGUUACGCCCAAGAACACAUCCAGAGCCCUGAACAGGGAGAAGAAUUAGUAGAUGGUCGUCAGGAAGAAGAAAAUUCUGAAGAAAAGACAAUCUGGAUGCCGUCUGACGAUUUAAGUGGCAAGUCCAGCACUGCCUCGUCGUCCGAAGAGGAAGAACAAUUUCCAAGAGUAGAUAAAGAUGCAAUCCUAAAAUCCUUGUCAUCUCCAGUUUCUAGAAACAUUUCCGCAAAGUGGGACAGCAGAAGUGAGAUGGAGCAUGAUUUAAUUAACUCCGGUCCGUCCAUGUUGCAUGACAACAGAAUGGAGGGACACUUCUUUGCUGACAAGGCUUGCAGUCAUACCCCUACUUAUUCCAUUUCUUCAGACUUGCAGGUUGAGGUUUCCGAAAUUAGUUCACCUCCAUUAACAGUCGAUGGGAGCAUCUCAUCCCAUGAUGAAAAUCGAAUUUCUGAAGGAAGCAUGGAAGGAGAAAUCACCUCUAGCAGUGAAGACAUAUCGGCUGCAUCACCACAUCAAUGUGGUGGAGGAGAUGAAAAGGAAUCAAUAUUAAAGGACAUACACGAGGUUAGCGAAAUUGGCACCGUAGAAGUAUCAAACACCAGAAGUUCUGAGGAGCCUGUUGCAUCGGCAGGGAAAAUGACGGAAAAAGCCCCUAAGCCACUUACACAAUUAACUUCAAAUGCUGAGUUACCUGACGCAAGCCAAGACCAUCCAUCAGGUUUCAACUUCAGCAGUGAAGAGAAUUACCGAAAGCCUAUUACUUGUGAUUCUAGGAAUGGUGUUGCUGAGAAGCCAGAGAAUAUUGAGAAGGAGGUGAAGAGGAUUUGCGGUCAUGAUGAUUCAAAUCUGCCCGAAAGUAGCAAAGCAGAGAACUUCAGUGUUGGAGACAAAGAUAGUGGAACCGAUGGUUGGAUACAGGAAGGUGGAAUGGCACACGCAGAAUGGUCUUUGACGAGUAGUCCAACAUAUAUUGGGUAUACUGGAGACCAAGCAGAAAUGAUGGAAGAGCAUGAUGAGAUAUUUGCAUAUUAUGAAGCAAUUGGGGAAGAUGAUAAUGUCAGAACCUCUGAAGAUUCUGGGGAAGAAUCAAUUGAUAUUUCACAGUAUGGAAACUUGGACAUGGCCAUGGCAGUUGAGGAGCAUGACGCUCAAGAAUCAAAUCAAGAUAAUGAAGGUGGUCAACAGACAGCAGAGAGAGGAUUCCCAAGAGUUACUGAGAGAUACAAUGGUCGCCAAGUAUCACGAUUACUGCCACAUUUACUGGUUCGGCAAGUUCCUUCCAUUAUACCCUUGUCUCCUAGAUCAGUUUUGCAACCCAAAUUUUCAAUUGAUCCCAGCUCUUCAUCCCACUAUACUGACGAAAUGCAUGAAGAGUUUGGAACACCAAUGGCAGAAACUAGUAAUAUCCUGAAUGAUGCAAGAGGAGAAAGUUUGCCUUUGAGUGCACCAGUUACCACAUCAUUGGCUGUGGAGGAUACAACAUCUUGUAUCUCACAUGGUAGGGAUGCCGUAUUGCAGGAAUCCUCAAAUCUUUCAACAACUUCUGCCUUGGAAGCCAACAAUGGACUUGGAAAUGAAUGCCUAGUUCAUGAAUAUGACAGGGGACAAACUGAUCUGCAAAAUUUUUCAACAACAUCAACUGAGCAAGCCAACUAUAGUGGAUUUAGGAGUCAAUGUGGCGAUCAUGAAAGUGAAAAGGGAUAUUAUGAACUUGGAAAUUUUCGUGAAAGUUGUCGUGAAAGAAGCUCAAGUUGUCCUGAAUCAACAUCAAGUGAAUUGAAACCGAUGGAUGAAUCCAGUUCCAGAAUGUUGAAAGAGAAAGAUGAAGGGUCUGAGGAGCUCUACGACAAUGAAGCUCCAAUUGCUUUUGCAAAAAAGAUAGCUCAAGCUCAAGAAUUAAGUAUGCCACAAAUAAGCCCACAGGAACCGGCAAAACCUCUUGGGGGAUCAAGUGAAGUCACAUACAAUCCCAGGAAGAAUGAAACGCUAGUCCAAGAGAUGGAAGAAAAGUCAAAAGAUUUUUUGAGGAAUUUGAUGCAAGCUUUCAAAGAUUAAUUUGACCAAGUUCCCUUGAAAAUAAGAGUACAUAAAUAUAAGAACCAACGAGCAUGACGACCAGAUGUUGAUGUAACAGUGAAUCCAUGUUGAGAACCCGUCAAAGAUUAAGGUACAAACAAAUCUUGAGCAAUCAGAAACUAAUUCAAACCUGUACGAAAGUUGUGUUGACUCAAA